GUUUAGCCGUGACGUAUAUGUGUGCUCUCACGCGUUGAGUUGAUGAGUUACAGUACUCGUUAAAUAUAAAUAUUUGUCGAUAGAGAAAAAGAACGGGGAGAGUGCACAUAUACAAAUCUAAAAAUUCCGGUAAAGAAGAGAACUCGAAACGACCUGGAAACGUGUAAAGAACGGGUAACGGAGGACGAGGAAGUGUCCCUGUGCGAGAGGUGUUUUUCUACAAUUCUGGCAGGACUCGCGAGCGGAUACUUGUUAAAUAGAAUCGAUGAUAUAGCACAAGACAUUGUGCAACUUGAGGAGCAGGUUUCUUUCGUUAAAUUCAUACUGAAUUUCCUGUUGCCACUCUCGAGGAGAUCGUGCGCGAUCCUUUGAGGACGCGUUGUCGAUUUAUUGUUAAAGUGGAAGCUUUAGAAAAUGGCCGACAGUUGGACACAGAGCGUUGUUUGCCGUUAUUUUAAAAAUGGAAUGUGCCGGGAGGGGAACAAUUGUAGAUACCGGCAUACUCAAGGAGUUAGGAAUGAUGGGAGUACUGAAGUAAUAUCUUCCACGGUACCAUCUGUAAACACAAUCUGUCGCUUUUUUAAACGUGGUGUCUGUAAAUUCGGCAAUCAAUGUCAUUUUCAUCACAAUCUUGAAACUACUGACAAUAACUCGGUAGAAAGUUCAUCAGUUGGACAACAUACUUCAAAUACAUCUACAACAUCGACAACAAUAAAAAAUGUUGCGGAAAGUGCACGUAUCGCCGAAGAGUGGGUAAAGGCUCCGGAAUUUGUACCUUCGGAAGUGGCCGGAUCGUCUUCUACGAAUGAAACUGCUAUGGAAACAGCCACGAGUUCUUUACAACCGUUAUCCUAUGCUCAAGCCGUGAACCCGUCUGGUCAAGCCUCCAGUCCAUCCUUGGAACCACUGUGUCCAUACGCGGAAGCAACCGGGAUUUGUAAAAAACGUAAUUGUACAUAUCUACAUGGAGAUAUUUGCGAAUUGUGCAAUCGCGCUGCGCUUCAUCCACAUAACGAAGAACUUCGAAAAAAACAUACAAAUGCUUGUGUUAAGCAACAUGAAGUGGACAUGGAAAUUUCGUUCGCGAUUCAACGUAGCAGAGAAAAAUCUUGCGGUGUCUGUUUCGAAGUUAUAAUGGAGAAAGCAUCUGGGGAACAGAGAUUCGGUAUUUUACCGAAUUGCAAUCACUGCUUCUGUUUGAGUUGCAUCAGAAAGUGGAGGCAAGCGAAGCAAUUCGACAAUAAAAUCAUAAGGGCAUGCCCGGAAUGUCGUGUCACGUCCGAUUUCGUAUGUCCGAGUAUGUACUGGGUAGACACGAAAGAGGAAAAAGAGAAAUUAAUAAUGGAUUAUAAAUGUGCGUUAAGCACCAAGGAUUGCAAGUAUUUCAACAAGGGCCGCGGUAAAUGUCCGUUCGGCAAUAAGUGCUUUUAUCUCCACGCUCUACCCGAUGGCACUAAAACUGAUGUCGGUCCACCUGUUCGUCAACGACGUAAUGCCGACGCUGAUGUAGAUAUUUUGCGACAGCUAAUUUUGUGGGACUUCUUUGAGGAGAGAAACGGCCGUUGGAUAUAUGAUGUAGAUCUCGAAGAUAUUGUUUCCUUUUUCUCAGACUCAGAAGACUCUGAAUGGUCUGACUCUGAAUCUUAGAUUGAGUAGUUGUAUUAAUUCAGUUAUCUUUGCUGCUGUUGCUGUUAACUGUAUCACCUCUAACUCACCCACCCACCCACCUUGUACGUGGUUUCAGUGGAUGAAUAGACAAGUAGUUUGAAUGAAUUGUUUGAAUGGAUAUGAUUCGACAAUAUCGCGGCUACGUUAAUAAAACAUUUGUGUGCUUUACUUGAUGAUAGUUACGUGAGCGAUGUGUAAAUGACAUCAGAUCGGUAAUAAUAAUAACGAUGAUAGUAAUGAGGGAGGUCGCAGUCACAUGUACAAUCGCAACUUUUUAAAAUGCUAUAUAGUCAUUUUGUAAUCGCUUUUGUUUAUGUAUCUUGACCAAUAUUGUUACAACUAAUAAGAAAUACCCAUCAACUCUAUUACAUUAGUGGUCCAAAUUAAUUCGAUCAAUAGAAUAUACAUCGACAUGUGCUUACAGUGAUCCUUUCGCGCGCAUGGGAAAUAAAGAGUUUCAUUUUCACAUUCAAAAUCCUUCUGUUUACGAAAUGUAAACGAAAUAUGUUUAUUCAACAAGGUUUAGUUCGUAUAUUCGGCAAAUUUCUGUUGAGCAAUCAAUUUCAUCUAUCUUAAGCACGAUAUUUGUAUAUUGAUUUUCGGCUUAAAAUUGAACGCUUCAUUGAAAACGGAUUCAAUAAAAUAAACAAAUUUGAACUUGUCAUCUUCUUCUUACUGUAGCUUUAGCGCCGUAAAGUUAUUUACGAUUCAGAAUAGGUACUUACUUUUCAAUCAACGGGAAACAGAUCUUAAUUUUUAAAUUUACACAUUGAGGCGAUAAUAAAAUAUAUAAAUAAUGUUAUUCACAAUAACUAAUAUUUAAUUUCGACGUGAUCAUGGAUUAAUGAAUUCACCAUUAUCGAUACAAUUUGACAACAAGUUUUCUCCUACCUCCAGUUAUGGCUCUGCGAACGUUUAAACAAAUUUCCUUAAAUUAUUCAAUUGUAUAGCGUUAGUCUUUAAUUAAUAGUUUUAAAAUAACCGUGAUAAACUGCGCAAAUCGGGUGUGUACUAUGUAAUAAGCGUGUGCAUGGAUGAUAGUAUGAAAACUUGGUCGUAUGCGCGUCUACUGCUAAAUAUAAUAAAAGGAAACCAGUUUUUUGGCGAUAUGCACGAAUUCCAGAUUUAGGGGGUAAGAAGAACAAAUAAAUAUUAUUUUAUAAAUGACGAUUUCGUUCGACGACUAUACGAAAUUUUUGUUAUCAUUUAUUAUACUGAGAUGCCACAAUUUCCGAAUUAAUUGUUUUAUCGAUGAAUGAGGGCAAUCAGAACUUUAUCAUACAAAACCGAAAGCCAAAGAAUAUGGUAUCAAUCGUUUUGUUAGAGUUACUUAAAUGAAAACUUUCUAUGAUAAUGAUCAGAGAAAUAGUUCUUAACGAGCAUUAGUUUAUUGUUUCGAUAUAUCCUUCGCGUAUUAAUUCCAUUUAUUAGUAUGUAUUUCCUUUUUGCUAAAGGCGUCUGCCUUCGAUGCGUUUACAAAAUGAGAUAAGUAUCGUAUGUUAUUGUUCAUCAGUAUAAGCAGAUGCCAUCCGGAAUUAUCUGACAAUCCUUGCACGAUAAAAAUAUAUGUAAGUUCUUUAUAUUUUUUAUAGAAUUCCUAUGCCGUUACUUUUAUGCUGAACUGUUAUACUUAAAUGUUACGCAACACGCUAUAUAUUUAAUUUAGACUUAAAAAUUAUAUAUAUAUAAAUAUAGAGCGCAAGCGAAGUUGUGCAUCAUAUGCUUUUAUUACUUUAUUAUCGAUUACUGAUUGUUGAACGAUUUAUAUAAACGGCGGAACACUAAUAAUAAUGUUACUGGUAUUUAGAAAUUUGUCAAAUUCUACUUCGUGCAUUCAGUUUCAAGAAUAUCUUUCGUACUAUAUCGAGUGCCAAUGGUUCUGAUUGCGAUUAGUUCGGUGUUCAUUUAUUUUGCGAAGUGCAUUUGUAAAACGCGGAAGAAUAACUCCGUUUACGUAAUAAGCUACACGGUGUAUGUAAUUCGCAGUUAAGCUACACAGAUGUAUAACAGAAUUUUAAUAUGGUUUGCGUGAUAGUACGAGAACAUGAAAUUUUAAAAUAAAGUUACUUAGACAAUUGA